GGGCGGGUUUAAUACAAAGUUAGUGAAAGUGCAGGGGUGGGUGGCAGACUGGUGGAUUGGAGAAAUAAAUAAAGCUAUAGUCUUAGCCAACUGUUGCAAUUUAAUGACCUUCUAGUGUAAUUAGCUCUUACUCUUUCGAAAAUGGCAUCGACCCCGGAUGAGAGCGAAAAAGAAAAGGUUCCCUCAGUGUCCGUCGACCUGAACCAUGAUGCCUCUCUGCUCAUCGACAUUCCCGACGCCCUAUGUGAACGUGACAAAGUCAAGUUCACCGUCCACACUAAAACAACGCUGGGAACGUUCCAGAAGCCUGACUUCUCGGUGACCCGCCAGCACGAGGACUUCAUCUGGCUCCACGACACCCUGGUGGAGACGGAGGAUUACGCCGGCCUGAUCAUUCCUCCGGCUCCCCCCAAACCGGAUUUUGAGAGCCCCCGGGAGAAGAUGCACAAGCUGGGGGAGGGAGAGGCCUCCUUGACCAAGGAGGAAUACACCAAGAUGAAGCAGGAACUGGAAGCGGAGUACCUAGCGGUGUUUAAGAAGACCGUGCAGGUCCACGAACUCUUCCUCCUCCGCCUCUCCUCUCACCCCAUCCUGAGCAAGGACAGAAACUUCCAGAUCUUUCUGGAGUACGACCAGGAUCUCAGCGUCCGGAGGAAGAACACCAAGGAGAAGUUUGGCGGAUUUUUCCGGAACAUGGUGAAGAGCGCCGAUGAGGUCUUCAUUUCGGGCAUAAAGGAGGGGGAUGAGUUCUUUGACCAGGAGAAGACCUUCCUGCUGGACUAUUUCGGCAAAAUCAAAGACUCCACUGCCAAAGCAGAGAAGAUGACCCGCUCACACAAGAAUCUGGCAGAUGACUACAUUCUGAUAUCUUCUACCUUGGCCAGCCUAUCAGCAGAGGACUCCACAGCACUUAAAGGGUAUCUGAUGAAGUUUUCAGACCUUUUGGAGAAGCUCAGGAAGGUGGAGGCGAGGGUGGCGUCGGAUCAGGAGCUGAAACUGACGGAGCUGCUCAGAUACUACAUGAGAGACAUCCAGGCUGCCAAGGACCUGUUAUACAGGCGCGCGCGUGCCCAGGCAGAUUAUGAGAAUGCCUGCAGGGCGCUGGAGAAGGCUCGACAGAAGGGCAAGGACGUGCCCCAGGCUGAGAACCUCCAGGAGCAGUGCCUGCAGAAGUUUGAAAAGCUCUCUGAGUCGGGCAAGAAAGAGCUCACCGGCUUCAAGGCCAGGAGGGUGGUGGCCUUCCGGAAAAAUCUGGUGGAGAUGGCCGAGCUGGAGGUCAAGCACGCAAAGAACAAGACCACUCUGCUGCAAAGUUGCAUAGAGCUCCUUAAAUCCAACUGAGACUCCCACCCCACCCCCCCACCACUGCCCUCGUCAGGCACACCCCGGUCACCCCCGUGAGGAAGGACCCCAGGCUGCCCGCCUCCCUGCAAAACCAAGUCCAGAGUUUACACCCCCACACCGCUGUACUUCAGGUCUCACUGUUUACACCCGCUCUGUUUCCAUGCCAAUCAGGGGUCUCCGUGGUCACGACUGCCCCGGGGGCGGAGCUUCCAAACCACCAGUAGCUGUAGGCAAGGGUCCAGCCUGCUUCUGAAACUUCUAGUAGUUAUUGUCAUUUUCUUUAGGACAUUUUUUCAUUUGUCUUUAGAUUUUCAAUCAUCUCCUGUUUUUGCUUAGAUUGUGGUGAUUAAGGUGAUUAUGGUGCAUUCCCCCCAGUCUGGCUCCUCUGCUCACAUAACUCUCCUGCAAACCGCCAGAGAGAUUGCAGAGAGGUGAGAUUUUUAGCGAUUCCCCAUGCGCCCCCCCCCCCUCCUCUUCACCAGCUGGGGCCAUUUCCUCCCUUAUAGGGACCAGAGAGGUGCGGUGGCAGUAGAGCACAUCUGUCUGGGGGGCUUUUCGUUCUUACAGACGUCCCCGUGGGUUGCAUGACAUUAGCAGAGUAAUUGUGUGGGAAGGAAUGGCUCGGUCAGUGUUUUUUUUUUGUUUUUUUGUUUUUUAAAUAAAAGUGAAGAGAAGUACAGUUACGGGCUUGGAGAGUGAAAGUCGGUAUGAAAGACGUUUGAAACCAGUACCUGGAGAAGUAAAAAUAGAAACGCAGCUGCAUCUACCCUGAGCUGUGACUGCUGCACCACCGCCAUCACAAGUCUGCUUAUGAAUAUUUUUCUCUUUGAUGAAGCAGACCUGCGCUGCAGCCCAAAGUUCUGAUUUUACUUCGGAAAGAAAACAUGCUGAUGGCCUUCAGUAGGAACUGUGUUACUGUGGUGACGAUGGUGAUGAUGAUGUUAAUGAUGAUGAUGAUGUUGCCUUUUGAUGAGAACCUGUCAUCCUUAAAGAAACUGUCCUAUCUUUCCCCCAAGUUGUCUUAACUGAGAGACACAGUAGCAGAGCAGGGUGCUUUAAAUCAGCGUAGUGGCACUGUCCACAUUCAGUGCUUUGUUAGAGCGUAGUUCCAGGCUACCCUGCAGACCAUAACCUGCUAAAUAUAAACCCUUUUUUUGUUUGUUAUUUAAUGAAUGAUGAAAUGCUACGUUAUUGUCAAACGUCAUGGUCAGUAGUCAUCCACUGUUGCCCGGCAAUCACUGAGCAUGCUCACAGCGCUCCUGCAGUGUUACCACGGCGUUGAAAAAAAACCUUGAGGAAAUGUUUCAGUUUGGUUGCCUUAACGUUUUGGUUCCCCCAGAAAGGCCAGUCUGGUGAGAGAGAAGCACUUGACCCAGGCCUAGGGCCCACAACACACUUUGUAUAGUAAUAUAUUAACACUUUAUUUUAAUACGAAUAAAGUCAAAGUCAAUUUGAAUUUCAUCCUAAUAUAUGAACUAUUUUAAAUAUAUUCAGUUAACUAGAACAUGUCAGUUAUUAACAUUAUAUUUGUAAUUUUUUUGCAUAUAUGGUAGAAUAAUUUGUAAAUGGUCGUAUAAAUGCAUUCUAUGAAAUAUGUAUGGAGUUGCAUAUUUGAAAGUGAAUGUGGCAAUAAUUUUGUAAUGAGUGGCAUACAGUUUGACGGUGUGCUAUCAAAUUCAUCCAAUUUUUCCAUUUCCUGAAAUGUGUUCAAUAAAUCUUGAAAUGGUCUUCAUGCUUUAAAUUCACUCCCCCUCGCUUUCUCAGCCCCGAACCACAAGGGGGUGACGUGCGUCUCUUCACAAAUUUAUGAAUAAAGCACAAAACAGUUUAACUUUAAAUAUGCAAAAUGUUUUACACUAGCAAAUAACAGAAAACUAAGAGUAAUAAUGUGAUAAAUGUAUAUAAGUGUUAAAUCUGAAUUAAUGUUUUAUAGUCUGCACCAGCUUGUUGAAUCUGAAUAUUAAAAUCAUGGGACUUGCAGUGCUAACAUUGUGGACAGUGAAAUGGAUCUGCAGAUGGAAGUUCUUGUGUAUUUACACUUUUAAAAAUCGUUCUUCAUGCUGUCGUCUUUCUCUGACGCAUUGACACCAUUUGCUUUGCGUACGCAAUCAAUCAUGGACCAAAUGCAGGUUCUCUGAUAUAGUACCGGAUGUGGCUGAUUGAUUGUUUGAAAUAACAACGAAAAAGAUGGAUGAAAUGUUAACUGCAGGGACUAAUUGAUUGCCAUAGCAAAAUAAAGCUGUAUUUUUUGAUAACUGAAUGUAAUUCUGAAACAGUCUCUAAAUAACCACACGGUGUUCCUCUGACAGUUUGUGUGUUUUUAGUGUGCAAAAACGACAAAUAAAAUUGUCCUUUCCCAA